AGAAGGGCAAACUCCAUGUGGCGGGAAGCCAUGCGCAGGAAGCGCUACCUGCUGGAGCAGCGUGACCCGUCGGACCCGGGGGCGGCUUUGGGGUGUCGGAAACAGAGGUCUCCGGACUGGCUUUACGAGUCGUACUACUGUAUGAGUCAGCAGCACCCCCUGAUUGUGUUCCUGUUGCUUAUCGUCAUGGGAGCCUGCUUAGCAUUGCUGGCCGUUUUCUUCGCUUCGGGGCUGGACAUCGAGGACCAUGUGGCGUUUGUAAUCACUGUCCCCACGGCUCUGGCUAUUUUUCUCAGCAUCUUUGUCCUAGUCUGCAUCGAGUCUGUGUUUAAGAAACUGCUCCGGGUUUUCUCCUUAGUGAUAUGGGCAUGCCUGGUUGCUAUGGGUUACCUCUUCAUGUUUUUCGGAGGCAUCAUCAGUCCCUGGGACCAGGUCUCCUUCUUCUUAUUCAUCAUCUUUGUGGUGUACACCAUGCUGCCCUUCUCCAUGCGUGAUGCUGUCAUCGCUAGCGUGCUGACCUCCUCUUCUCACACCGUGGUCCUCAGCGCCUGUCUCUCCACCAAGGCCGACCGAGUGGAGCCUCUCGUCUGGCAGAUUCUGGCCAACAUCAUUAUAUUUAUCUGUGGAAACAUGGCAGGAGCGUAUCAUAAACACCUCAUGGAUCUGGCGUUGAAACAGACGUACGAGGAUACCUGCAACUGCAUCAAAUCCCCCAUCAAACUGGAGUUUGAGAAACGCCAACAGGAACGUCUGCUGUUGUCUUUGCUCCCAGCUCACAUCGCCAGGGUUAUGAAGGCCGAGAUCAUUCAGAGGUUACAAGGUCCGAAGUUUGGCCAGGUGGAGAACACAAACAACUUUCACAAUUUAUACGUCCAACGUCAUACCAACGUCAGCAUUUUAUAUGCUGAUAUUGUGGGUUUCACACGGCUGGCUAGUGACUGUUCCCCUGGAGAGCUGGUUCACAUGCUGAAUGAACUAUUUGGCAAAUUUGAUCAGAUUGCCAAGGAAAAUGAAUGUAUGAGGAUUAAAAUUUUGGGAGACUGUUACUACUGUGUGUCUGGCCUCCCUGAGUCACUGCCAAACCAUGCCAAAAACUGUGUUAAAAUGGGACUUGACAUGUGUGAGGCCAUCAAGAAGGUGAGGGAUGCCACUGGCGUUGACAUAAACAUGCGGGUGGGUGUACACUCCGGAAAUGUCUUGUGUGGUGUUAUUGGUCUCCAGAAAUGGCAGUAUGAUGUCUGGUCACAUGAUGUAACAUUAGCCAAUCACAUGGAAGCUGGGGGUGUGCCCGGACGGGUCCAUAUCACCUCUGUCACACUGGAGCAUCUGAAUGGAGCUUACAAGGUUGAGGAUGGAGAUGGCCAGGAAAGAGAUCCCUACCUGAAGGAACAUGGGGUCACGACCUAUCUGGUUAUCAACCCAAAGGCAGAGAGAAGGAGCCCUCAGCAUCACUACAGGCCUCGACACACCAUGGAUGGGGCGAAGAUGAGAGCUUCCGUGAGAAUGACUCGAUACCUGGAGUCUUGGGGAGCCGCCAAGCCUUUCGCCAAUCUGCACCACCGUGACAGCAUGACUAAUGAGAAUGGCAAAAUCAAUACAGCUGAUGUACCAAUGGGACAGUACCAUUUCCAGAGGCGCUCAGAAAGAACGAAAUCCCAGAAGAAGCGCUUUGAGGAAGAGUUAAACGAGAGAAUGAUCCGAACUUUUGAUGGCAUUAAUUCCCAGAAACAGUGGCUCAAAUCUGAGGAUAUUCAGAGAAUAUCAUUGUUUUUCCACAAUAAAACGCUGGAAAAAGAGUACAGAGCAACAACCUUGCCAGCCUUCAAGUAUUACGUAACUUGUGCCUGUCUGAUUUUCCUCUGUAUCUUCAUCGUGCAGAUUCUGGUCUUGCCAAAGACGGCUGCUCUGGGGAUAUCCUUUGGAAUGGCAUUCCUGGUUCUCUCAUUAAUUCUCCUCAUCUGCUUCGUCGGGCAUUUCCUGCACUGCAGUAAAACCGCCUCCACGUCUUGGCUCUGGCUCCUAAGAUCUUCGGGAAUCAUAGCCAACAAACCCUGGCCUCGGAUUACCCUCACCAUGGCGACCACUGCCCUCAUCCUGAUCAUGGCCGUGUUCAACAUGUUCUUUUUGGAAGAUAAUUUGACAACUUCAGUACCUUUUUACAAUACAUCGAACGAAACUCUGUUUCAUCCAGAUGGACAUCCAAUCGUCAUGAUGGAGAGAGACAAUUUCUAUCUUCCUUAUUUUAUCUACAGCUGCAUCCUGGGCCUUAUCUCCUGCUCCGUCUUCUUACGGAUCAACUAUGAGCUGAAGAUGCUCGUCAUGGUGGCGGCUGUGGUGGGCUACAACAUCAUCAUUCUCCAUUCUCACGCCUCUUUACUGGACGAAUACAGCAGGUUCCUCUACAAAACAGAAGCUCUGGACAGGCCAGGAGUUCUGAAAGACUUGAAGACGAUGGGCUCUGUCUCUCUCUUCAUCUUUUUUGUUACUCUUCUUGUGUUGGCCAGACAGAAUGAAUAUUACUGUAGGUUGGACUUCCUGUGGAAGAAUAAGUUCAAGAAAGAAUGUGAGGAGAUUGAGACCAUGGAGAACCUCAAUCGCGUUCUGCUGGAGAAUGUUCUGCCUGCCCACGUCGCUGAACACUUUCUUGCGAGAAACUGGAAGAACGAGGAUCUUUACCACCAGUCAUAUGACUUGGUUUGCGUGAUGUUUGCAUCAAUCCCUGACUUCAAAGAGUUCUACACAGAGUCUGACGUCAAUAAAGAGGGUCUCGAGUGCUUGAGGCUCCUGAAUGAAAUCAUUGCAGACUUUGAUGAGCUCCUUUCUAAGCCAAAGUUCAGUGGUGUUGAGAAGAUCAAAACCAUUGGAAGUACCUACAUGGCAGCUACUGGCCUGAAUGCUACGCAAGGCCCAGAAUACACACAGGAGCAUGACAGACAGUACAUGCAUAUUGGCACGAUGGUGGAGUUUGCCUUCGCCCUGGUGGGAAAACUCGACGUUAUCAAUAAGCAUUCCUUCAAUGACUUCAAACUAAGAGUUGGUAUUAACCAUGGACCGGUUAUCGCCGGGGUCAUUGGAGCACAGAAGCCUCAGUAUGACAUCUGGGGAAAUACAGUGAAUGUAGCCAGUAGAAUGGACAGCACGGGGGUGCUAGGGAAAAUACAGGUAACCGAGGAGACGAGCAGGAUCCUGCAGACGUUGGGUUACAUGUGUACAUGCAGAGGCAUCAUCAACGUCAAGGGAAAAGGAGAACUCAAAACGUAUUUUGUUCACACUGAAAUGACGAGGUCCUUAUCACAAGGGAAUGUAAUGCCCUGA